UUCUAGCCAUAGAUCUAUGUAUAUAAACCGUGGCAUACUUCAUAGAAAACAUCAAACAGUUUUCAACCCUUCGAGUGUAAACAGUUAGUAAAAUAAAAAAAAACUUUACAAAAUGUUCAAAUACGUCAUUGUUGUCUUGGCUAUGUUGUUGGGUUUGGCUUUUGCUGCUCCCAAUCCUGCACCUGUUGCCAGCCCAAAUCCUAAUCCCAGCCUUUUGCCUUUGGGUCUACCAGUACCACUUGGACCCGUUGUCGUUGGACCCAGACUAGUGCCCGGACCAGUUGUCGUUGGUCCCUAUGGUCCAGUACUUGUUGGUUAAAUGAAUUUGUCGCCUUGACAAUGAUUUUGCCUGCAACAAUAAUCGAAUUGCCAUCCUUUUUGUAACAUUGAUUUUUUGGACAUAAUUUUGCGAGCACCCAUCGUGUACCCUGUUGUGAAAUUUUCGUCGUAAUUUUUUCUUAAGUUUCUUUUCUAUUACAUUUUUUCUCUUUCUUUCUAUUUUGCA